AUGCUACGAGUAUUCGCCAGAACAGGAUUUUCAACGAUUAGCAGAAGAACCAUGACUUCCAUCACAGGACGCCAGCCGAGCGCUGGAGAGCAGACCAUCAUCGACGAGGUCUUAUCGCUGUACCAGCUCAAACCGACAGACAAGUCGUACUCCCACUACCGCAGCGAUGCCGUCUUCCACGACCCAGUCUCCAUCGCGAAGGGCCUAGAGAGCAUCAAGUCCCAGUUCAACGGCAUGCCCAAGCUCUUCUCCGAGUCCACGACCCAGAAGUGCGAAGUCAUGGAUCCCUCGACUGCCACCGAGCAGAGCGCAAAAGCCAGCACACACCACGGCGAAGGUGGGAACAUUGUGCUAAACCUGACACAACACUACGUCUUCAAGGGCGACAAGACGCCGGAGAAGACUUUGAACAGCAAGAUCACUCUCAAGCUUGAUCACGAGGGCAUGAUCCAGCAUCAUGAAGAAGAGUGGGACCACCAGCCGAAUAAGACCGGUGAUGAUGGAUUUGUGGGCAAGCUCCAGGAGUGGAGGAAGAAGGCUGAUGCGAAGCUGGUUGAGGCUGGCGUGACCAGCGAUCCGAAGAAGGUAUAA